ACUGUUCUUGAACCAUUUUUGUAUAAGGUCUGAAAAUUGGUUAGCUAUUUACUAAUGGGGAACUAUGUAGUCAUUUGAUAGAGAGACUGAAUAAUGCUAUUAUGUUUUAUUCUAUGAUAAAAUCCUUGAGAAAAGAGUGACAAUUUUAACUCAUACAUGCUUUCUUUAUAAUGCACUCUUCAUUCCGCUCUCUGUUGAGUUUGACAGGGCUCGUCUCUGUCUGAUGUAUUAGGUUUGUACCACCCGAACUUUGGUGCAUAAUUUCAUUUAUUUGGCAUGUCAGUAGUUAAUUUUAUGUGUAAUGAGAAUGAGAAUUUUCUGGUUUCUUUUUGGGCAAUGUCCAAAAAACUAAAGUAACAGAAUUCCCAGUAACAUUCCUGAUUGGUACUUCAGUUUCAAUGAGUAAUGUUAGUGUAAUAUUUUUCCUCACAACUAUGAUGCGCAUUGGAGAUGUAAAUUGCUUAGGUUUGAAUAGACAGUUGCAAGCAAACAAUUAGCACAUGAUGACUUGGAAUAUUUGACGGACAUGUUUGUUAGGUAUAGCAAAAAUUUAAAUGGCAUUUAUCUUUGCCUUUUUCCUUUAACAAUUAUUGGUUUUCUUUGCAGCAUCUCCUGAGAGUAAUUCUUGUUAUAGGCAUACUACAUGAUAAGAAAGCAUUCAGGUACACUCCACACCCUACUGAAGUUGAAGCAGUAUUUGGUGCUCCAUUGGCAAUGUUCAUUAAGGAUGAAAAUCAAAGAGUAGAGGAGAGGAUGGAUGGGCGAAAAGUAUCUGGUUCAUUUCUUUGACAAUGAAACAGAGAAGAAAAAGUAUUUGAUAUGGGGUCUAACAGCUGGGAUCAUAAUUAGAGCUGCAUCAGUGGUCUCCCAGCAGCCACCAGCUUUUGUGGAGCAGAAUCUUAAAUUCAGGUUUCCUGGAGAUGUAUAACACUGAUCCGUUGAAGAAUUGUGGAAAUAUUUGUUGGGUUGUACUCCAAAUAAUCAAAGCUGCUACAAUAAAAUAGUGUGAUCUAUUCAAAAUAAUUAUUCAGAUCAGACUACUAAAACAGAAUGGUUAUGAUGUAGGCACAGCAUGUCAUGUUUUUCAGUUAAUUGUGAACUGAUGGGACUAAUUAGUUUCAAAUAAAAGGUGUAGCCGGCAUCAAGUGUCAUUAACUUCUUGAUGGGAGAAAGUUUUCGAUGAAGCUGUGGCCUUCGACUUCUGGAAAAGCGUGGAUGGCACAUGAUUGGUAGUUUUUGCUGGUGGAGCAGCAUCUCUUUCAAGUUUACCAGUCUCUUGACCUCAUAAAAAAUUGUAACUACUGAAACAAGCAGAAAUGAAGAUUGCAAAUCCCAGUUGGGUUAGUUGGAAGAUUCAUUCUUGACCUCUUUGAAGAGCCUGCUAAUUCAAGUGGGCUAUAUCCAGGUCUCAUUAUUAUUUAUGGAUCCAGGUUCAGCCCUUUCUAUCCAGUUGUGACUUCAAAGAGGCAUCGCUGUAACCGUACUGUGUGCCUCUUCCUAAAAGAAAAGGAGAUUUAUGGUGCAUCCCCGCCUACAUUUCUACUCAAAAUUCGUAAUUUUUAACAAUUAACGGAACCCAGUUCAGCAUAGAUCCGGAGAUAUAGGAACCCUAACAUGGGAGAGAAAUCCCAGAAAUUGUUGUCCUUAGCUCAACAGCUCCGCCUCUAUAAGCCUCUUUACUCUCUAAACGACCCAACCAAAGAGCAACAGCAGCAAGGUGUCCCAGAAGAAGGAAGAAAUUCAGUUUCCCAGAAUUUGAAUUCCACUACAGAAUCUGCAGGAAUCAACAACAGAGCGGCAGUUCUCAUUUGCAUCUUCGAAGGAAAUGAUAGCGAUAUGCGUGUAAUCCUCACAAAGCGCUCCUCGACUCUGUCUUCUCACUCUGGAGAGGUUGCUUUGCCGGGCGGGAAAAGAGAGGAAGGCGAUGCUGAUGACAUAGAGACUGCCUUGAGGGAGGCUAAGGAGGAGAUUGGCUUGGAUCCUUCUCUUGUUGAUGUUGUUGCUGUUCUUGAACCAUUUAUAACUUUGCGUGGCAUAGCAGUAGUUCCGGUGGUGGGUAUACUAUUUGACAAGAAAGCUUUCGUUCCAUCUCCAAACACCAAUGAAGUAGAAUCAAUCUUUGAUGUUCCCUUAGAAAUGUUUCUCAAGGAUGAGAACCGCAGGGCAGAGGGGAAACAACGGAUGGGAUACAAGUAUUUACUCCAUUUCUUUGACUAUCAAUCAGGGAGCCAAAAGUUUGUGAUUUGGGCUUUAACGGCUGGAAUCAUGAUUAGAGUUGCAUCAAUUGUCUAUCAACGAGCACCCACAUUUUCAGAGCAGAGGCCCCCAUUUUGGACUGGAGUUUUUAAAAAAGAUACUUCAUGAAUAGAAGAAUAUACUUCAUGUGCCAAAAGGGUGAAAAUUUGUGAUUUCACUCUGCAAGAAGAUGCAGAAGUUGAAAGGGUCUUUUGCCAACUUCAGAAGUAUAGUACCUCUCAGACGAAGAGAUGAGUAAACUUUCAAAUUUCUGACAGCAGAAUAUGUGUGCAUAGAAUUCAUUUUCUUCAAUUUAGUACAAGAUCCUUGACAAAAACAGGAACAACCUGUCUACAUUUGUAGAAUAUUCAAGGGGUAGGAAAUUAGGGUAGAAUGAUGUGUAAUAUAACCUCUUUAAGGGGUAAAAGAGAUAAUUUAUAUUUUAUUUUUAUUUAUGUAAUUUUACGGGUAUCACUCAAGCAUAUUGAUGUA